CAAUCACUGUUUACAUGGCUAUUUUCUUCGAGGAUUUUUGUUUGUAGAAAGAAAAGGGGUGUGAGUUUAUGGCUUAUAAAAGGGAGGGGGAUAAGAGAGAGAGUGAGAAAGAGACUCUCACAGCCGCCGGUAACCAAUAGCCUUGCCUGAUGUGAUCAUUAACCUUGUUAGCAAAUGCAGCAAGCUGGCAAUUCACUCUGAGACUUUUCUAAUGCGAUUAGAAUUGGGAUACUAGACUGCAGCUAACUUGAAAGGAUUUUUCUUUUUGCUCCAAUUGGAGAGCAACCAAGGAAUCUGUUCUACAUCAGCCUGACCACAAAUUAAAAUGAGACUACAGAACCUCUUCUACAUCUUUUUUCUCAUAGUAAUGAGUCUUUUACUUAUAAAUGGACAGAGACCAGGAAACUCCACCCAAAGAAGAAAAUUCCAUAGGCAUCUCUGCCCACACAGAAGAUGCCUGCCCCUUCAUUCACGGGUCCCAUUCCCCUAAAGCUUACAUUUUGGUGCCAAAAGUGGGAGAAGAUGAGGAUGAAAUGGAGCCAGGUGGUGCUGCCUGGACACUGCUUUCAUUCCUACAAUGACAGGGACUUGGCACGGGUCUCAAUAGCUCCUCUUCAGAGUCUGUUUACUAGAGCAGUCACCUUCAGACUGCUACCCACCGCCCUCGACACUAAGCUAUGACAACCAAAUUAAAACUCUCAAAAGCAAAUAGACUUUCAAAAGAGAGAUUAUAAUUUAUUUACCAAGUACUACCAGGGAUUGUGAUAUGCAGAUGCCACAUAUAGUUUCUGGAAGGGUACACUGCUUGCAGUUUAUUAGAUAUUUAAGAGAAUGUAUUAACAUAGCAAUCCUUUAACCAUUAUAACCUGUAGGACAUGUUAAUAGAAAUUAUAUGUUUUAAUAAUGGGGGUUAUUUAGAGCCAUUGCCAUUGCUGGGUCAGGCCUGUGACAUUUGACUGAGGUUAAUAACUGCAUGUUUAACACACGAAUCCCACAGUGUUUAUAAAUAUCAGAUUCCCUCGGCAGACCAACUGGGUAAUACAAAGAUAGAGACACUGAACCAUUGCAAAAUGCCUGAGGCACUGGGAAUCAUAUUGUAUAUAUUUAACUAUUAAUUCAUAUAUUGUUUGUGAUCACUUGACUUUAACGAGUGUGAAGGAACUUCAAUGUAAGUUGACAUCUACUCAACAUAAUAAUGUACAUGGUUGCCUGAUGAAGUAAAACAUAUCUAGAAACAAGACAUUUUCACUACUCUUUGUAUAAAUUAAUGUGCUAUCUGGUGUAACUACAAUACCACACUACUUUUUUGUUAGUAGUUAUAAUGUGUACUAAAAAUGUAUUAGUAUAUAAUAAGUUUAUAUGCAAGUUAUGCACUUCAAACAUUUUAUUAACGGCAUCUUAAUAAAAUUUGUAUAGUUUUCAAUAUUGACUUUAUUUUUUUCAUCUUUGUACAGCUGAACAACUGAAACCUGCUAUAUUACUUAUGUGUCCAACAUUUCUGUUUUCAAUAUAAUUAUAUAACAGCUA